UAAUUUGAGCGAGCGUUAUCUCCUUCGACCAACCUUGGUCCCAAUCCUAUAAAUACCCUUUGCCUCUUACAACACACAUUCUCCUAUCCCUAUCCAUUUUCCAUCCACUCUAUUUACUCAUCUUCAAAACAAAAACCUUCAUUAUUCUACUUCUGAAUCUGCAAAAUAAUUCUUUUUCCUUUGGUAUAAAGUUGAAGAAAAUGGAAGUUAAGGGUGGCUGAGUCUUGGCAAGUUCUAUGGCAUAUAUUGAUAUCCGGGUAAUGUGUGAGGGAGGAUACAUCUUUGGCAGCUCAAGAAAUAAUCGACAAAAAACUGAAAAGAAUCACUGUAAGAGAAAAACCCCUGUUAUGGAAUCUAAAUCAGACUGGACAAAGCAUAAAAAAUCAUCCGCUUAUACUGCUCAAGUGAUUCGUUCUGCCACAUCUUUUAUGCCUUGGUCUUGUAGAAUCCCAAUCGGUGAAGGAUUUUACGAAUUUCUUUAGAUUCUCAGUAAAACAUUUUGUGCAUUAUUUGGUUAAUUGGUAACAACAAAAUUCUCUAUAUUCUUGUGCUACAUUGCUGAUUUCAUAAGUGUCUGGUUUUGUUGUUGGAAAGAAGAAAUUUAUAAAUUCAAACAUGUGUUUCACCAAUUUGGUCAAUCAAGAUAAAACAACUCAUACGCGAAGCAAAAGCAAUCAUUGUUUAACCAUUGAGGCUCUGGAUAAAGAUGAUAGCCCUAUUCUACCUGGGCUUCCUGAUGAUGUUGCAAAGUAUUGUCUUGCACUUGUUCCCCGUUCCAACUUCCCAGCUAUGGGUGGUGUCAGCAAGAAAUGGAGGUUGUUUAUUCGGAGCAAAGAAUUUGUGAUGGUGCGAAAAUUGGCAGGGUUGCUUGAGGAAUGGCUCUAUUGCUUAACGUUGGACAGUGAAGGGAGGGAAAGCCAUUGGGAGGUCAUGGAUAGUCUCGGUCGCAAAUGUCGAUCCCUUCCACCAAUGCCUGGUCCAGCAAAGGCUUCGUUCGGGGUUGUGGUUCUUAACGGAAAGCUUCUUAUCAUGGCUGGCUAUUCAGCUAUUGAAGGAACUGUUGUUGCCUCAGAUGAGGUUUACCAAUAUGAUUCUUACCUUAACAGUUGGAGCAGAUUAUCAAACAUGAAUGUGGCUCGUUAUGACUUCGCUUGUGCCGAAGUGGACGGCUUGGUUUAUAUUGUUGGAGGCUAUGGGGUGAAUGGCGACAAUCUCUCUAGUGUUGAGAUGUACGAUCCAGAUACUGACAAGUGGACACUGAUAGAGAGCCUUCGUCGCCCAAGGUGGGGUUGCUUUGCUUGUGGAUUUGAGGAUAAGCUCUAUGUCAUGGGUGGAAGGUCAAGCUUCACUAUUGGAAACUCCAAGUUUGUUGAUAUAUAUAACCCCGAGAAGCACAGCUGGUGCGAGAUUAAGAAUGGCUGUGUUAUGGUCACAGCUCAUGCAGUAUUGGAAAAGAAGUUGUUUUGCAUUGAGUGGAAAAAUCAGCGGAAGCUGGCAAUAUUCAGUCCUGAAAACAACUCAUGGACAAUGGUACCCGUCCCAUUGACAGGGAGCUCAAGUGUUGGUUUUCGAUUCGGGAUACUGGACGGAAAGCUGUUGCUAUUUCCGGUUGAGAAAGAACCUACUAAUCAAACAUUGUCAUAUGAUCCAAACGCGGCUUCGGGGUCAGAGUGGCAAACUUCAGACAUAAGGCCAUCUGGUUUAUGCUUGUGCAGUGUAACAAUGAAGGCAUGAAACUUCUAUAGUUAUGGAGUUUUCUGCAUUUUAACUGAAGUUUAAAAUGGUACUGAGCUGGGGUGGCUUUCAUUAUGUGAUCAGAUUUUAAUCUGGUGCUUUUGCUUCGAGUUUUGACUGUUGUUGUAUUUUUAAUUUAUAAUUGUAAUCUUGUUAUCAUGCAUGAUGCAUGCUAUUUAUGUCUUUAUGGCAUAAAGGGGGUCAAUACCCUUUGUUGUUUUGUAAUAUCAACUUUGUAGAAUCUCUAUUUCAAUUUAUGGUGGAUGAAUUUUUGUUUA